UGUAACUCGGCGGCGGCGAGGAGGAGCAGGAGGAGGAGGCAGGAGGGACCCUCCCGCCUCGGCCCCGCUCGCCGCCCCGCACCGCUCCGGCGGGCUGUUGUGCGAGAGAGACACACACACACACCCUGCGCCCCGUCCCGCCCCGCAGCCCCGGGAGGCCGGGCCGGGCGCGGUGCUGUCGCCGCCGCCGAUCGCGGCUCCCCGUGUCCGCUGCCUGAGGAAGAGAAGGAGCAGGAGGCGGAGGGAGCGCCCCGGCGGGCAGCGGCGCAGCCAUGAGCGGCGGGGAGGUGGUCUGCUCGGGCUGGCUCCGAAAGUCUCCGCCGGAGAAGAAGUUGAAACGCUACGCAUGGAAGAGAAGGUGGUUUGUGCUUCGGAGCGGCCGCCUAACGGGGGAUCCAGAUGUAUUGGAAUACUACAAAAAUGACCAUGCCAAGAAGCCUAUCCGUAUUAUUGACCUAAAUUUGUGUCAACAAGUGGAUGCUGGAUUAACGUUCAACAAAAAGGAGUUUGAGAACAGCUAUAUUUUUGAUAUCAACACUAUAGAUCGAGUUUUCUAUUUGGUAGCAGACAGCGAGGAGGAGAUGAAUAAGUGGGUUCGAUGUAUCUGUGAUAUCUGCGGGUUCAACCCUACAGAUGAGGAUGCUGUGAAGCCCCCAGUUAGUUCUGUACAGCCAUCUGCCGAGUUACCCUUGCCCAUCAGCGCCUCCCCGCCCUCCGUGCAAGCGGAAUCGUCCCUUCCUUCUCCUUACCGGCUCAUCAACGUGCCCCCUCUGGAGUCUGCCUCUGGGCAGGAAGAUCCUCAGGACUACUUACUGCUGAUAAACUGUCAAAGUAAAAAACCUGAACCCAUGAGGUCUCAGGCGGACUCUGCCAAGUCCAGCUCCUCAGAAACAGACUGCAACGACAACGUGCCGUGCCACAAGAACGCCGCCGCGCCGGGGAGCAAGCACGCGGUGAACGGCUUCUUCCCGCAGCAGGGCGCCUACGACUCCCCGCCGUCCCGCUGCGCGCCGCCCGACUGCGGCCUCUACAGCCUGCCCAGGAGCUACUCCCAGGAUGUCCUGCCCAAGGCCGCGUCUCCGUCUGGAACCGACGCCGAGGGAGAGCAGCACGUGUUCAAUACCCCGUCGGCAGCGUCGCUAGACACGCAGAUGAGGCACAUCUCCAUUAGCUAUGACGUUCCCCCCACGCCCGGAGGUACUUACCAGAUCCCACGGACUUUUCCAGAGGGAACGUUGUCUCAGACUUCAAAACUGGAGACUAUCCCGGACAUCCCCCCGCCUCGGCCCCCCAAGCCCCACCAGGCAGCGGACCGCUCUCCCGUGGAGACGUGCGGCCUGAGCCGCGCCGCGUCGGACACGGAGAGCAGCUACUGCGUGCCCGCCGCCGGAGCGCCGCCCGCACGCAGCAACACCAUUUCCACGGGAGACCUGAGCGUCCUCCGCAAAGAAAUUAGUUCUCAAGACUGUUAUGAUAUUCCACGAACGUUUCUGAAUGACAGAUCUAAUUCAUUGGAGGGCUUCCAUAACCACUUUAAAAACAGAAGCAUGUUGACAGUGGGAAGUGUUUCAAGUGAAGAACUAGAUGAAAAUUAUGUCCCAAUGAAUCCCAACUCUCCUCCACGACAGCAUUCCAGCAGCUUCACUGAACCCAUCCAGGAAACAAACUAUGUACCCAUGAUACCUGGCACGUUUGAUUUUCCCUUGUUUGGAAAGCAAGUCCCUCCUCCUGCUCACAUGGGUUUCAGGUCCAGCCCCAAGACCCCUCCCAGACGGUCGGUGCCUGCUGCAGAGUGCGAGCCGCCGCCCGUGGAUCGGAACCUCAAACCCGACAGAAAAGGUCAAAGUCCUAAAAUUUUAAGACCUAAACCACAUGGUUUAGAGCGAACUGAUUCACAAACCAUAGGUGACUUUACUACAAGAAGAAAGGCAAAACCAGCUCCACUAGAAAUAAAACCUCUGCCUGAAUGGGAAGAAUUACAAGCUCCAGUUAGAUCUCCUAUCACCAGAAGCUUUGCACGAGACUCCUCCAGGUUUCCCGUGUCUCCCAGACCGGAUUCAGUUCAUAGCACAACUUCCAGCAGUGACUCGCACGACAGUGAAGAGAAUUAUGUAUCCAUGAACCCAAAUCAGUCCUCUGAAGACCCAAAUUUGUUUGGAAGCAGCAGCCUCGAUGGAGGAAGCAGCCCUGUGGUAAAACCUAAAGGAGAUAAACAAGUGGAAUAUUUAGAUCUGGACCUAGAUUCGGGAAAGUCUACCCCGCCUCGUAAGAAGAAGCACAGCGGCUCGGGCAGCAGCGUGGCGGACGAGAGGGUGGAUUACGUUGUGGUGGACCAGCAGAAGACGCUGGCCCUGAAGAGCACGCGGGAGGCCUGGACUGACGGCAGGCAGUCCACCGAGUCCGAGACGCCCACCAAGAGCGUCAAGUGAAAACA